AAUAUUACAAUGCAAAUUUUAAAAAAAUUGUUUUAUUUCGUUUAAAAUCGAGAUGAUGAUCAUGUUGCAAAGGGAAAUUCCCUAAUCGCACGUUAGAGGUCAAAGUUUACAAUUAUAAUAACGUGAACUGUACCAUUUUAACCCGGGAAAUUUUGACACUAGAAGAAACAAAAUAAGAAAUUUGUCAUGGCAUCUGUAGAUUUGCAAAACAAAACUGAUGAAGACGACACAGAACCAGAUUAUCCGAUAGUUUUACAAUGUUUAAAAUGCGGAAAUAUACUUGGUGACUCUGUUUCCUGGGUGUGUGGAAACAAAGAUCUUAAAACAGUAACUCUGCGGCGUGUCACAAAUGUAGUAGACAGUCAUCAAUGCUUAGUUACAUCAGAGAAAGGAAUAGAUAUUGGAAGUACAUAUAGAGAACUAUACUGUGUUAUGUGUGAUGAGAUACUGGGCCGGGUUUAUCAAACGACACCAAGGCAUUUGGACAAUUUAAGAGAUGUGUUCACGCUGGAUAUUCCCAAAAUACAGAGCUAUCAAGUUGGAAGUGGAGAGCAGGUGGGAGAUUUUGAUACCGGUGAUAUGCUUGACAUGCCAUCAUCUAGAGCUUUACAAGAUGAUCUCUUUAAGAUUAAAGCUACAGUUUGUGCCUUGAACGAACGACUUGUCAACUUGGAGGAUGCUCUGAAAUGUCAUGAUCCGGAAGAAAUAAUGGAUGAAGAAGAGAACCAAGAAAUCCUAAAUGAAAAGGAGGACGAGUUGAAUGAGG